CAAAAUUCGAGAGACGGGCCUUGGUUAGAGCAGGAACCGACGUCUGGGUCGAAGUGGAGGAGGGAAAAGCGAUUCGAAAAUUCGAGGCGAGUUUGUGCAUUGGGCAGUCGGCAACUGUGGCUCCUACAGGAAUCAACUGACGGAACUUCACAAGUUUCACGUGACAAAUCCGACUCAGCCCACAGGAAAGCACAGGCGUUACAGCUGAAAAUGUCGCCGGAUUGGGGGCAGAAUGGAGAACGAACAGAUUUGGCGCGAAGAGCGGAGGAGUCAUACAGUGAAAAAAGAAAUGCUCCUUCACCUAUGACGUUUCCUACGCAAUGCUAUAUACCAACACAGAAUGAAACAAAGGCUCAAUGCCAGGCAACACUGCGUUCUUCGAAGGCUAGCGCACUACCCCUGAAACAGAGAACGCCGAGCAGGCGACUUGGCGAAGAUGACAGGGCGUGUUCAGCGACAAAACAAAAGAGCAUCGUGGUUCAAAUGGACAUGGUCACAGACGUAGUUCACGAGGCUGCUGCUUUGCGUUUUGGCUGGGCAAUUCACAAGAUUAUUAGAAGACGUCUGAUCAGCGUGAUCAGGCAUUGGAAAAGUGCUGGCUCUCGUCCAUGCUCCGGUGGUCGGAAUUUCUCCGUGGUGACAGACACGUCUUUCUCAAUCGUCAAGUCCUUGCCUCACACGGGGAACGGCCGUCCCGAAGUACGUCUCGAAGCGCCGGUGGAAAUGGGAAGCCACCAGGCAUUCCUUUUGUCACAGCACUCUGCAUCCCAACGCAUUCUGGUUCGAAACGAAGAUAAGACGACGGCAGUUGCGGGAUGUCACUCAUCAGACUCAGGCCGAAUUGGACACCGUGACCCACGGACAGUGUCUGUUGCGACAUCAGUAAAAAGUGUUGGAGCACGCCUCCUGUCGCGAUGUUUGCUUCAUGCCAUCCGAGAAGCAGGCGUAGGAGACGCCUGGGACAGACUCAAAACUUGGAGUCAACACUGUCAGUUUGAGGAGCACAUAAGCGGUUUCUACUCGUCGCUCCAAGUUGUCUCGGAAUGGGCCGUCCGAUUCAGUCGUGUGGUAGCUGUAAUGGCGCUUCGAAGAGUAGUCGGUUUCUCCGCCCGAAGAAUAUUGCUCAGAACCUUUCUCACGUUGUCGCAAGCAGAGCCCAGAUCCUCCAGUUCCCGAACAAUGCCGCAUACAGGCGUCACAGUGACUGGUCCGUCCCCCGACCUCGGCAGUUCAGGAGUGGGAACUCCAACAGAUGGUGUGCAAACGUCUGGUGCUUCCUAUCCACAACCACCAGGCUGUUUGACGUACGAGACGAAUGGUAAACUCCUAGGCAAUAGAGGAGAAGAAUGUUACACACGGCGCAUGCCGGUGUACACAGCUAAUGCUCCGCAACAGACUCCGAGAGUGAAACCUACGACGGUUCUGCGUGCAUCAAGACACCGGUUACGUCAUGUGGUCGAGAGCUUAGCUCUGAUUUACCAGAAAAUGUUGAACCAGAAGCGGUAACUACAUGUGAUGUGACCACAGACAUCGAUACAUUCGGCAUUCUCCGCCCUUUGGGCAAGAAAAAAGUGCAAGGCGCUUGUCCUACUGCAGAAUGGUAGACUCUUUAAACGCUCGAAAAAUCAAUAGAACAAAUCAAAGCGUAGUCGAAGAACGUGCGUAAGGCAAACUGAGACGCGUUUACCGCAGUCGGGCAUCAGUCCUCCAGCUGUAUCAGCGAGCACUUCUUGCCACCUAAAGGCUAACACGUACAUCCUCC